AUGGCGGAGCAAUGCCUGGAGCACACUGACUGCUUUGAGCGAAGGAGAUUUUGUUGUGAGAGAGAAUUCUGGAUCGGGAUUGUAAUGAUUAUAGAUACCAAAUAUCUUCCCGACACCCUCUACAAUCUGCAGGGCACCUGGGGAAUUCAUGGUAGAGGUCAGGUCCAGCCUGAAGUAGCCACCAUGUUGGCCAGUGCGCGCAGGAGAGCCUCAAUAUUUGGACAAUGUCAUUCUCAGAGAGCUCGCUGUAUAUAUAUCUUUGACACAGGAAUGUUGCGUUUCGCAAGAGCACCGACUAAUGGUGGAUCCGACGCGAGCUUGUCCUUUGUCUAUCUAUGGGCCGUCUCUCUGAACCCACAAAUCUCCAUUUUAAGCGACCCAUCCUACUCUCGAGUAUAA